AUCACUUCCAAUUGGUUAUUUGAAUUCUGAGGUUAGUGUGAGAUGGAAUAGCAACUAUAGAAUAGAAUAGUGAAGGGGAUUGUUACAGGAAAAAACAAAACAGCAACUCUAUCCAUCGUUUUAGCCAGUUUCUUUCUAUAAAAUUAUGGUAAUCGAUCAAACGAUAGGCUUAUCAUAAAUUCAGUAAAUUUUAAGCACGAUUGAAGAAAAUUAAAACGAUCAUGCAACUUAAUUUUAACUUCAACUCACUUCUAUACUUCAUCAUUUGAAGAUGAAAGAGCUUGGAAGCCUAUUUUCACUAAUAUUUUUCAUUAACUUGUCUGAUCUAACACUUGGGAGUAAUUAUGAUGAGUAUAUAGACAGAUUGAUAAAUGAUGGGAAACUAUUGUAUGAUGAUUACCUACAUCAGAAUCCUGAUUCGAAACCAGCAUUAGAACGUUUCUAUUCACUACAACAUCCAAUUUUUCAAGAAGACUACGCAGGAGAUUAUGAAAUUAGUGAUAGACAAUGGAAUGCAUUUUUGAAUGAAAUUAAUCAAGCCAAAGAAGGCAGAUUUCAAGAAUAUUCAGCCGAUAAUUCAAAAAACAGUGAACCAAAUUUAGAUGAGAAAUUUGAUAACACGUAUGAUUUGAGCCCUAGUACAGAUAAUAUUCACAAAUUGUUAGCUGAACCAGGAUUAGCAGAACGUAGAAAUGAAAUACCAUAUCAGAAUCAGUUAUGGGGAGAACAUAAAGUCUCUGGGGGUUCUGGAGAAUUAGGACAAUGGAUAGAUUAUGCUCUGUUAGGUGCUGGAGCACAAGACGCUCUUAAUAAUGAAUCAUAUGAUAGUUUUAAGCCAUCAAGUGAGCUUGAAUCCUCGCAUGUGGAGUCUAAAGUUGAUAAUUUACCUGCUUACUGUGAUCCACCAAAUCCAUGUCCUCUAAACUAUAAGUCAGAAGAUUUAUCGACACCGUGUGAUCAUGACAUUGAAGAUACCAUUGAAUUUAAUCGUCAUUGGAUAUUAAGAAAAAUGCAGAAUGGUGAAUGUUCAUGUGAUACUGAGCAUAUGGAUAGCUGUCCAGUUGAGUCUAGUGAUAAUCAACACAAAUCAAGUUUUUCAACAGAACAAAACAUGAAUGGAAAGACUUUUUGGGUGAAUCCUUAUCUAAGAGGUCAAAAACGCAAAAGAUUAGUUGCCAAAAAGAGAGUCAAACGUUCACAUAUAUAUCGUUACAAUCCAUAUUUAAUGGGUCAAGUUCAUAAAAGUGCAGUGAAGAAAACUGGACCGUAUCGACCUCUUGGAGAAAAAUAUAUGUAGACAUAAUGAUGAGGUAUAGCUGCAUAAAGGACUAUCUUCAAUUUUCUUUCUUCUAUCUCAUAAAUAAAAAAAAUACAACACACUCGAUAGAUAAUACC